CAAACACCCCCUUUGCCAAAACCCACAAACAUUUCUUAUCUUUUGCAGUUCCUGGUUCGGUUUUAGUCGUCGGACAACUAUGGCAGUCAUCAAAGUACACGGAAGCGUUCUCUCAACAGCUGCUCAGAGGGUUCUUUUAUGCCUUUACGAAAAAGAGGUUCACUUUCAGUUUGUUCCUGUAAAUAUGGGAGCUGGUGAACAUAAAUCAGAAAACUACCUUUCCCUCAAUCCAUUUGGUCAAGUCCCAGCUUUUGAAGAAGGGGACUUUAAGCUCUUUGAAUCAAGGGCAAUCACCGGAUAUAUUGCCCAUGAAUACACCGACAAGGGCACCCAGCUGCUAUUGCCCGGCUCUAAUAAGAGUAUGGCAGUCUUAACAAUGUGGAAGGAGGUAGAAGCCUACCAGUUUGAUCCUGCAUCUUCAAAGCUGGUCUGGGAGCUGUAUUUGAAGCCAUUUUUUGGCACGGCUACUGACAGUGCAGUUGUGGAGGAAAACGAAGCGAAGCUUGCCAAAGUUCUAGAUGUCUAUGAGAGUCGAUUGUCUCAGUCAAAGUACUUGGCAUGUGACUACUUCACCUUGGCAGAUUUGCAUCACCUCCCCAACAUUCAAUAUUUGUUGGGAACCCCGGUCAAGAGGCUGUUUGAUUCACGCCCCCAUGUCAGCGCUUGGGUAGCUGACAUCAUAGCAAGGCCAGCUUGGUCUAAGGUCCUCGCUAUGCAAAAGCAAUAAAAACUUGGCCGCUACCUUAAGCUAUUAGCAUUCAAUGAAUAAGGCCGCGUGUAAUCUUUUACUUUUUGGUUCAAGUGUUGCCUUGAACCUUGAAUAUUAGAUUUAUGCUUUCGGGUCUCCUGUUGUGUACGUGUCUUUUGCCUUCAACCUUCAAGUUGAAGGUUUGAGUUUGUGUGCCAUCUGCUGUGAAAUGCAGCUACAAUUCCAUCUGCUUUUGAUAAUGAUGUCUUCGCUUUUGUCGGCAACAA